AUUCUGUUUAAAUAUGUACACGUGUUGUGGACGCCGACGUUUCUUUGGAGACGUGAAUUUAUGCUUUGGAUGAAUAAUUAAAUUAUACAAACACGUCGGACUUUGACGUCAUCAGUGGUCGACCAAAACAAAAACAUGGCGGAAAGUCAUUCGGCUGGACUUCGGUAGAAACUUCUCUUCUUUUUUGUUUAUCAUCCUUUCGUCUGUUUAGAGUCUGUCAGUGAUUUUGUAGAAUUGCAAUACUGCGUUAGCUGUUGGUACUGUAGAAGCUUAUGUUGUUCUCCGGGAGUUGCCAUAGUUGGCAGGAGGGUGUUAUGUUGGACUGCGCGGGUUUUUGGGUCGUGUCUAACGGAGACUGAAGGCACGAAUAAUGUUGUUAUCUUGCUGCACCAACGAACUUGGACCUUAUUGACUGCUGUCCGGGCGGAUUUACCAAAUAUAACCCUCUGCUACAAUACUACGGACACCAAAGACACAAAGCUGAAUGAUUUUGACUCACGUCCACUGUGUUUAAAAUCAAGUGGCCACUGAUAAAUUGGUAUUCAGGCUGAACUCACUCAACUGAGGAGCAUCAUGGAUGACGAUGAUGCCUUAUUUCUUGCUGAUUUGCUGUUGGAGGAAUGCAAGAAUACUCAACCUAAAGAAUCCUCAGAAGUGUCUGGACCGGACAAAUUUACAUUUGUUUGGGUUGAGGAGGACGAGGAAGGGAAUCCUAUCCCAAAGGGGAGGAGAACAAGGAAGAAGCGGGUAAAGAGUUCAUCCUCAGCGUUUCCAUCCACAAUUCCAUGGUUUUACAUAAUAGAUCAUCCAUGAUAGAGGGAUUCUACAGGCCACUACCACCAACCACUCACAUCAGUGAAGAGAAGGGAGGAAAAUUCUCCUUCCAUGGAAGAGAGUGCAUUUUGCUAGUAAUGCAUCCAUGCUGUGACUGCUGCUCUGGCCAUACAACCUUUUCUGCAGGAAAGCAAGUAAUUCUGAUUGGAAUGAAUGGUCGAUACAAUGUGUCCCUCCCAACUGUCAGCUGCUCCUGCGGGAAAGCUUUGGAUGUCGGUAUUAGUGAGCUGAUUGAAAGUGGCUACUGGCCAGCUACAGUCCAUUUUGAGACGCUGUACACAGUGGAUUUGUUCGCUACAUACGAAGAUCUCAAGAUUACUGCACCAGGAAUGUCAAGCUUUCGUUGGUAUGCUUGAGCAGCGCACAAAACUCUUUGGUCGGUGUGGUAAAAUAUGUGGCGACACCAUGCAAAAAUCAUUCCUGGAAUGGUCGUACGCAAAAUUUGAAGUUGAGAGGCUGUCUGAAGUCGAUCAGUUUCGGUGCCCAGCCUGCACACCCUCAAUGUUAGCUGUCUCAGUGGAUGGGAACCUGAACUUGAAAAAACCAUUGAAGUAUCUCUGCAUUAAGCAGCGGAAAUAUCAGCUGUAUCGUCAGGCUGAUGGCAACAAGAGAAGACAUCUGCUUAGAAAAAAGAUUUCAAUGGAAAAGAGAUCCUUAGAAGAUGCCAUCACAAAAUACAAUGCUGUUGUGCCGGAAACUGGCAAACUCCCUUCUCCCAACGAGCUCCUGGCUGAGGAAAACUAUUCCUGGCCUUGGGAAUGUCAUGGUGAUAUGUUAAAGAAAAAAAAGGUCUUCGACAAGGUAAUGCUGCUGAAACGACUGAAGGAAGAGGAGGUCAUUGUUGUCCGUGAAGUCAAGCAGCACUGGGAGUACAUGAGGAAUAUGGCUGGAAAUAUUGAAGAGAUUUCCUCCCAGCUUUCAGAAAGGAUCACUCAGCAAAGCGGCACAGAUGCAUUGACUGGGAGAGGACAUGAGGGGCUACUCUGUCUGCUGAAGAGAAGACUGUCAGCAAUUCAAGCUCAGCAGGGUGCGGCUCGCUCAACGUACCAACAUGUUUUUGGAUCGCAAGCCUUGUCUCUCGAUGAUUCCUCCACUGAUGAUGAAGAACCCCAUGAUAGCAGCUCCUCCACCGAAGAUGAAGAACACUAGCAUUGUAGCUCCUCUUCUGAACUUUGACCUCCCUCAUUAAAAAAUGAGGAAAACUGUUGUAAUUACCUGGCCUGCAGUAUGAAUGUGAAAUGUUAAAAUAAACUGUCCUGCAAUUGACUCUUUUUCUGAGUUAUGUACUAUUACUAUUUUGAAGUAGAUGCUGAUGCUUUUUAUGUAAAUUAUGAAUGAUUAAUUUGAGAUUUAUUGGUAGGGCAGUGAAAUACGGCUUUUCAUGCAGCCUCAAUAAAGUCAAUUAACAGGCUAUGCUCACUC